GUUUCUUAUUGCAGUGUUUCAAAUUAAUAACGCUAAGUUUAUCUAAUUGCAAUCGUCGUUGUACAUAUUUUGUUUUUCACGCAUAAAACACUCACACGCCCAUGUCGGUCAACACACCGGAAGAUUCAACAGUGAAUGAACAGUUCGUUCAGAUGGUGCAGGAUACUCCAGUUUUGUGGAAUAUCCAUUUGCCUCAGUAUCGAAAUCGGGAGCUGAAAGAUCAUAAAUGGAGAGAGAUUGGAGCUUGUUUCAAACUUUCUGGUUCCGAUGCCUACAAGAAGUUCGUGUCCCUGCGGGAAAAGUACAAGCGGCAGCAGAAACUUGCUGAAUCGAAAAACUUAUCGCCUACCGAUUGUUGGCGGCUAUACGAUAAGUUUAAAUUUCUCGAUCAGGUUUCCUUCUCGCGCCACAAGCGCUAUGAUACACGAAAACUUAUAAGAAUACCACAUGUCACUCAAUGGUCGUCGGCUGUGCCCAAUCAGGUGAUCAAAACAGAAUUCUCCGAUGGUGGCUCAAUUUCGAUACCAGCAUCCCCUGUACAACAACUAUCCGAGGAGCCUUCCGAAAACGAGUCCAGUGAUGUUUUUCAGGAUAAUUCAGACUAUUAUAACGAUUCCACUAUGUAUGGUUCACAUUCCGAAGAUCUUGACGGCACAGAUUGCACACCAGAAGUUCGCCAGCCUUCAGGUACGACGGAUGGAAAUCUCAGUUCUUCACAUACAAGCCAAUUCCUAAUGAGGCUGGAAUCGAAAACUAAUGCCAUUCUUGAUGAUAAUAGUCGACGGAACGCUAGCUGGGCAAGGUGCGAGACUCUGGGAAAUCGCGUUGCUCAGACAAUGUAUGCACUGGAGCAGAACGAUCCAGACUUGGCACUGAAGUUUGAUAUUAUGUUAAGUGAAGCGAUCACCAGUAUUAAGAAAGAUCAGCUGCAAAGGAUACUGAGCAGGCCGAAACCAAUGGAGUAACAACGGGAAUGAAAGGAAAGUGAAAGCUAACUGUUAUUUAAGUAGACGAAACCAGAUGAAGAAUUAGAGAGUUAGCCAUCAGGAAACAGUGGAUAAGGUAUGUGUAUUCGUUCUGUGCUUAAUUGUGAAGAAUUUAUUGUUCUUAACUAU